AAGCACACGCCGCCGGAAGUGAUACACCACUUGGCUUAGCACGCGUGCGCAGUAACGUCUUCGGUUUUGUGUUGUAGCAAUGGUGGAGAAGAAGCCUUCGGUUCGCUCGCAGGACCCCGGACAGCGGCGCGUGCUGGACCGGGCUGCCCGGCAGCGCCGCAUCAACAGGCAGCUCGAGGCUUUGGAGAAUGACAACUUCCAGGACGACCCCCAUGCAGGACUUCCCCAGCUCGGCAAGAGGCUGCCUCAGUUUGAUGAUGAUGCAGACACUGGAAAGAAAAAGAAGAAAACUCGAGGUGAUCAUUUUAAACUUCGCUUCCGAAAAAACUUUCAGGCCCUGCUGGAGGAGCAGAACCUGAGUGUGGCCGAGGGCCCCAACUACCUGACAGCCUGUGCGGGACCCCCGGCCCGGCCCCAGCGCCCCUUCUGUGCUGUCUGCGGCUUCCCCUCCCCAUACACCUGCGUCAGCUGUGGCGCCCGGUACUGUACCGUGCGCUGCCUGGGCACUCACCAGGAGACCAGGUGCCUGAAGUGGACCGUGUAGCCUGGGCAUCCUGGGGAGCGGGGCCCUCCCAGCGCCACCCUGGCUUCAGGGAGGGUGUCAUCAAAAGGAGAGGGGCUCCCCCGUCCCCAACAAGACGUGUGUCUCACCUCUCAGGGAAGGCCUGUCGUCUUCCCAGGGACAGAUUGGCAGGCAGUGGGCUGAGCCCUCCGAGUGCUGUUCUAAUAAAAGCUUUGACGCGA